GGACCUCCACCCCCCUCCUCCCCGUAGUUACCGGUGACGCUUAGUGUGUACUCCCAGAAAUAAGAAAAUGCUUGCUUAGUUGAACACUCGCUUCCCAACCGAAUCGACGACGGUUACUUCUACUGUAGUACGUGCUCAAAAGCGGGAAAACAAGAUGCUGACUUUUUGCCUACUACUGUCAGUUGUAGGUCAAGGAUAUGGAUUCUUCAAUACCCCCAUGAUGCCACCCUACUUCUUCAGGAAUCAUGCGAAUAGUGGGUAUGAAGACGCCCAGAACAGUGUCGGCUACUCGUACGACAAACCCGCCAAUGCAUGGUCAGAUAUCAGCAAUCACCAGCUGAUUCUGGAGCCAGUGCCCAAGUCUCAGUACUUCCAGGACAUGCGUCAUCAGCAGUACAAUCAACAACAAGAGCAGCCUCAACAACAACAGCAAGAUCAGCAGCAACAGCAAGUCUACAGCAAUCAGCAACAACAACAGGAGCAGCCUCAACAACAGGUCUACAGUCAGCAACCGGUGCAACAACAGCAAGACUAUCAGCAACAGCAGCAGCAGCAGCAUCAACAGCAGCCUCAGCAGAUCAUCAACCACCCGUCACAAGAUGCAGUCUAUGAGGAACAGCCUUACUCCUACCUACAACCGCCACAGAAGAAUCCCCUGUCAUUCAAUGACGAAAGGUACGAAUGGAGUCUCCAGCCGGCCAUCAAGUACAACAUGCCUCACAUCCCCCACCCCUUCUACCACAGAGACCCCCAACAGCAGCAGGUGGGUGUCCUGGUGCCAUUGAGGGUGUUCGGAGUGCAGUCGUUCCCGCCAGUACUCGAGCGCCUCAUCCAAAUGGUCCAGAACCACUACUCGGUCUACAACAGCCCCGACACCCUCGUCAUACCACCGACACCAGGCAAACCCUACUUCUAUGAGAAGCCGGUCAUACCCUUCGAGCCCGCCAACCCCAUGAUGGGCGGUGGAGAACCGACCACAGGCGACAAGGACCAGAUGAUGGGAGCAGGAGAGCAACCAAUGAUGGAGAACGGAGAGAAAGAACAGAUGAUGGGCGGAGAAGGUGACAAGACAGAGACAGAGACUACAACUACUGUUGUGGAGGAAGGGGUGAUUGAUGAGAGGUUUGGCAGCAAUGGCAGCUCGACAACUGAAGCUACAAGUACUGACAAAACUAGUGAAACCACAUCAGCCUCGAUGGAUAUCACAACUGAGGAAAUGUCAACAACAACAAUGAAAGCUGAGGAAGAGGAAAUGGUUGAUGGAGAAUCAACAUCGUCAACGACAUCAUCAACCACUGAGGGAAAAGAGAAGCAAGAGACAACAGUAUCCGAGGAGACCUCAACUGCAGCGUCUUCCUCAUCAGAAACAACAAUGACUGAAAGUGAACAGAUGGAGAGUACAACCACUGCUGAAACUGAAAGCACAACGACGGAGAAGGCCGCACUAGAACCAAUGAACUGAAGAUGGAUGAAUCUGAGUGGAACUAAUUACAAACAAAUAAAAGAUGGUCGACUUCCGGAUAAUCAGUGCAGAUAAAUGGGCCAUCUUAAACAAUUGAAUCCAUAUAGACCUGACCAAUAGAAUGAUUCUUUGUCAUGAAUUGAUACAAUUAUAACCAAUAAUUCUAUUUUUUUCAUCAAAACAUUCCUAUUUUUUCCAUCAGCUCUGAGAAAUAUUUUGUAAUUUUCUAUUUCAUGAUACUCUAAGUUUAUAUCAAACUAUAGUAUCACACAGUUCAAGCAGGUCACUUUCACUUGAGAAAAAUUGACAAAAAUGUGAAACCUAAUGAAAUUAUUCACCACAUCACUUACUACUUCUUAUCAACUAUAUAUCAUGUGUGAAUUAAUGAAGUGAAUGAAGCUCAAUAUUUAUUAGUACUUAAAUUAUAAUAUUAAUAUGAAUAAGAAAAUCAUAAUACAAAAAAUUA